AUGGGGGCCCCGGCCACCGAGCUGCAGCCUGCUAUCCCUGGAGGCCAGGCGCUCAACCUGAAACCCUUGGAAGCCCCCGACCUGGAUGAGGACGAGGGGUUUGGAGACUGUUCCCAGAAGUUGGGGCCGAGGGAGUGGCUCGAAGUGGAUGGCAGGGAGGCUGUUCAGGAGGACAGCGCACAGGAGCCCAAGGAGAAUAGGCCCCAGGGGCAUGAACAAAAGGACAUCGAUGAACUAAGCCAUGCUCAAGUUCCCCUUGAAGGACUAUGCCUGAGAUCUGUGGUAGAAUCCCAGGAGGGGCCAGCUCUGGAGGAGGAAGAGCCCCAAGCCUCUGAAGAGCCAGCCCAGGACUUCCAGGGUCCAGACGAGGCUGGAGAGGGAGAGGACGAGCACCCACAAGGUCACGAGCAUAGGACUCCCAGUCCCUUGGCCUUGGAGGGGGCUCCUGAGCACAGACCAACUCCCCUGAGCCCCACCACCAAGCUCAUCGACUGGACUGAGUCCUUGAACCAUUCCGUAGAGAAAAGUAACAGUGUGAAGAAGUCAGAACCAGCUCUGCCUGUUUCCAAGAUUGAUGAGCGUCUGGAGCAGUAUACCCAGGCCGUUGAGACUGCUGGUCGGACCCCCAAGUUAGCUCGCCAGCCCUCCAUAGAGCUUCCUAGUAUGGCUGUAGCUAAUACCAAGAGUCUGUGGGAGACUGGAGAAGUUCAAGGCCAGUCUGCAGCUAAGGGCGCCUCCUGCAAGGACAUUGUUGCUGGAGACAUGAGUAUGAGGAGCCUGUGGGAGCAGAGAGGUGGUUCCAAGACCUCGUCAACGGUCAAGAGCACCCCCUCUGGGAAGCGGUACAAGUUCGUGGCCACCGGUCAUGGGAAGUACGAGAAGGUGCUUGUGGACGAGGGUGCGGCGCCCUAG